AUGCAGCAAAAAGACUCGCACGGGGACGCAUUUGGGGAGCCAGUGCCUUUAUUCAAGAAGCGGAGUCGAUGUAAACGAGGGACGACUGUCACUGGUGCGGCGCUCGAGCCGCCGGCCGCUGACCAAGUAACAGCAUGCGAGGUAAAACACGGUGUCGAUGUGGAUGAUUUGGUUGCGAUGCGCAGUAUGCUUCGUAAGCCGACUGGGAUCAAUCUUUCUUGUUUGAACAGUGGCAAACAGAAAUGCACAGAAGGAAAAGAUUGGCGCGAGGAAGGUGAAGUUUCGGAUACUACAAAUCGGUUUGUCCGCCCCGACAAUUUCCACCGCGAACAGGGCGCGCUUGGUACAGAAAACCAUAUGUGA